AUGGAUGAUCCUUUUGUUUCCAACCUUACCGAAGCGGCAGCUCCCCGCGAAUCGCAUAGGUAUUCUUCUUUUGAUAAACAACUAUUCAGCCUGGAUGCGUCCUCGCCAGCACAGGUGAAACGAGCCCUUGAGGCUCAUUUGGCAGAGACAGAGCGCAGACUGGAGGAAGCAUCCAAACUUGGAACAGCGCUCAUUGAACAGCAGAAGGAACUCGAGGACAAGCUGAAGGAAGUGGAGCAACAGCAAGAAGCGAGCCAGCUCGGACCAGAGCUACAGCGGAAACUUCUGGACCUGGAGAGGGAAUACCAGGAAAUUGGCCGGGAGACGGCGCGAGCGUUCCUUGCGCCGAAACGUCUUGCUGGCGGCGAUGAUGGGCAUCUGGGGACCCCGUCUCUUGACCAGAAGUCACCCCUUAGCUCCGCCCUGUUUGCAAGCCAAGCGACGAACUCUCCCAGCAAGGUGAGCGUACCAUCGCGAAAACAGCGAAACCAACCGUCGAGUCGUGUCCAUGAUAUCGAAUUUGCGACCGAGAUCUCCACCUCCCUUCUAGCUCAGGUCCGUCAGUUGCAGGCACUGCUUGCGGAGCGCGAGGAGACCCUGAGAACCCUGAACUUGGAGAAGUCGAGGCUUGAACUCGAAGCAGAGGGAUAUACGCAGCGGAUCCGGGCAUUAGAUGAGAGCGAGGAGCGUUAUAAGGACGAAAACUGGGCGUUGGAGACUCGAACUCACGAACUAAUCUCUGCGGUGAAAGAUGCUACCGAUCGCGAGAGCCGGCUCAACAGUACUUUGGGUGCCAUUACAACGGAAAAGGGUGCCCUGGAAAGAGACCUGGAGGAUUUGAAACAAGCCAAUGCGAAAUUGAUCGAGGAUCAGGCAGCGGCCCAGAAAGCGAACGAUGCUGAAAUCCACCUCCUGCGCAGGAACCUGAAUUCAGGAGACGCGGAGAGGCUUGCACUGCAAAAGAAGGUCGAGGAGUUAAACUCGCAGAAUGAAGAGCUCGCCAGAGCGGUGGCGAUGCGUCUUCGUCAGCAGGAAGCGGAGACCGUACGGGAAGUUGCUCGAGACAAUGACUCUGAUGAAGAUGGUCAAGGAACGCCGGACAAUUCACCGCCGCCAUCGCCCAGCAAGUUCACUCCGCGCCACAAUCAACUGGAGACUGAGACAUUGCGGAGUUCCCUGGGGCAUGCCCACCGUAUGAUCCAGAAUCUCAAGAGUACCAUCCACCGUGAGAAAACUGAAAAGAUUGAACUCAAGCGCAUGCUGCAAGAAGCACGUGACGAGGUUGAGCAGAAGCGUCGCGAAGCUGUUGCCCCGGCCGGCCCAUCCAACAAGCGCCAGAAGACCAAGCCCGAUAAUACGCGCAAGGCUGCGAGACCGAACCUGCUAGGCGCUGGAAGGAAAGGUACGACAGAGGUUGAGGAGGUAAUUCAUGAGACCGAUUGGGAAGAUCAUGCUACGGACACAAGCCCGUCGCAUAAGGCGGCUCUGAGAUCCUCCCGCAGCCGUACCGAACUGCAGACUUCGGAAGAGCCUAGUGAUGCCUAUCACACUGCCACAGAAGCUGACGAUGCUUUUGAGACCGCCAACGAGCGAGAGACAACCACAGAGAGCGAAGCUUUCCAGACGGGCGUCGAGAGCAUGGCUGAUGACAGCACCGACACCGACGAACUAACGGAAACAGAGGACCGUAUUCAGAGAACUCCUCGUGCUCGUGUCUCAUCCCUGACUCUGGCAAAGGCUCGUGACCGGAAAUCCUACCAUAGCACUGCUUCCACGUCGGCAGACGAGGAUGAGGAUUCUGAUGGCAUCUUCCCCUCGCCAAGCCAGAGCUCUACUCCUCGGUACCGUCUUAGGAAGAAGAGGAGCGUGAUGAGGAGGAUUCGACCCUCCGGGGAGGCUCCAAUGGCCUCUGUUAGCCGCCCAUCUAGCUCACGUGAGUCCCCGGCAACGAGCUUCACACAGAUGUCAGCAGUUUCCGAAGGCCAGAGCCUGUUCGCAGAACUCGCAGAACUUGAUGGCGACGAAGAUGAAGAGGGAGAGUUUGGUCCCCCGAUACAGCACGACACGGAUUCUACACCUCGAAUUCUGUCGAUGCCUGAUUCGAGAAGACCAUCUGAGGCUACAUUGGAUGCCAGGGCUAGACCUGCAAUGGUAGACUCCGGCGUGAUGACUGACCCCUGGGAACCAAGCAUUCCGGCUAGUACUCACACUGUGAACGACAAGAAUCACUCGGAUGUCCUCGCAACACCAAAGGAGAUGACAUCGGAUGCUCAGAAUGCGACUGAAACAAAGGAGCAGCCGAGGUUGGUGCAUGCUGCGACGCAGUGGGCUCCCCCUCAGAGAUCCUCUGAGCCACAUGGUGAUCAAAUUGGUGAUCAAGUGCCAGCCACUUUCAAGACUGUUUCGGAUGGGCGCACCGCAGAUGCAGAGCGAGAGGACAGUGUUCCUGCAGCUACGCUACCACAGCUGGACGUGUCUCCUGUCUCUUCUCAGGACACCAUUCCUGUAGCACCCAAACUACCUGAGUUGGGCAUAUCAUACCUUGUCGGAGACAUGACCGAGCCGGUUGCCGCCCCAAUUCCCGAGCCGCCGGAGAUGACCUUGUCGGCCAUUUCCUUGCAGUAUACAGAGCCUGUUUCCGCCAUCGUCCCAGAGCCGGAGCCGAAGCACGUGCCGGAAAUGGCUGUCUCCUCAAUCUUCUACGAGGAAACCCAACCUGUUACGGCAACGCUUCCUGAGCCUGUGCCUGAACUUCCAAUUCCGGUGGCAGAGCGUGCUACGAGUACAGAGACUCCACAGUUAACAUUCUCGACUAUCUUCGCUGAGUAUACUCAGCCUGUUCAAACGACUCUUCGUGAGCCUGUACCCGUGCAUGUGCCCGUGCCAGAGCCUUCAGUCUCUGCUGCAGAGCGUGCUAUAAGCACCGAAAUUCCUGACUUGGUGGUCUCGACGAUCUUAUGUGAACAGACUUUACCUGUUGUUGCGACUCUUCCGGAACCCGUGCCCGAGCCUUCAGUUUCAGUUACGGAGCGCGCUGUGAACACCGAAAUCCCUGGCCUAGCGGUGUCAACGAUAUUCUCAGAGCAAACAGAGCCUAUUGCGGCUACGCUACCGGAACCAGCCCCGGAGCCCAGAAUGGUUGCGGAUCACCUAACAGCUGGGCAAGAGGCUCCAGAACUGACCGUAUCUUUUAUACCCCCCGAGUCCACCGAGCCGAUCGUACCUCAGGUGCGUGAGAUUCCUCUACCGCAAAUAUCCGUUUCUACAAUCCGCUCCGUCGAAACGCUCCCUGUCAAGUCCACACCAGCUGCAGCCAUCAUUCCCAUACCCCUGCACUCCGAUGAGAAUGCCCCACCAGCGACGAGAGCUGUUAUGGUCGAUAAAUCUACUUCGGAGUCCUUGCCAAUCGUGGUUGUCGAAGACGAAGCAAGUGAGAGCUCUGAUAACGACAGAGCUGGCCAGACUAGGGGCGCCCCCUCGCCACUGAGCGCCAUUUCUGGCAAUGCUGUUUCAAGACAUGCAAGGGGGCGAUCGGCGAACCAGGCGGACCAAGGUGCUCAAACAAUUCUUUCUUCCAAGCAAAUCGACCAGAUCCUCAUGGAUCGUGUUACGGCUCGGCCCUUGUCUCCUCCCGAUAGUGACAAAGCCAAGGAGCAAGGCAAUUCACCCUUUGCCACGCCGAAGGCCCGACCGCGCCCCCAGCAUCAAUCUUCGGCGGCAUCCCUUCACUGGCGACCAGGCAGCUCCGCAAGCCAGGUCUCCAGUAUCCAUAGCCAUCCACCUCUACCUGCUGACCAUAAGGAGGCUAUCAUGGCCGCUGAGAAGAAGUCGCUGGAUCAACAGCCGUGCAUACCAGGACUCAUGGCCCCCCCUCUUGCACCAGCUUCUGCUUAUCGCGCAAACUCGGCUCCACGGCCACGCACUCCAAAUGAUUCAGCCGUUCAGGUCGGCUCCGUGAGGUCUUCUACUUCGCGGGCUAGAGUAAGACGCGAAAGCCAAGUGUCGCGGAGAUCUUCAGUCUCAUCGUUCGCCUCUGAGAUCGAAGAGCGGUUCAACGCGCAAUCCACUCCAGCUGUUGGACCUUAUGGAUAUGGCGCCGGCACAGAUCCGCGCAUGAUUCAAGCAAUUACCCAGACCAUGAUUGGGGAAUUCCUCUGGAAGUACACACGCAAGGCAGUCUCCGGAGAGAUUUCUAGCACUAGGCAUCGCCGCUACUUCUGGGUCCAUCCAUAUACCCGUACACUUUACUGGAGUGAGAAGGACCCGCAAAGUGCCGGCAAGGCGGAGCGUAAAACAAAGAGUGUUCCCAUUGAAGCUGUGAGAGUUGUCGCUGAUGAUAACCCAUACCCUCCAGGUCUUCAUUGCAGGAGUUUGGAAGUUGUCAGCCCUGGUCGUCGCAUUAGAUUUACCGCUACUACUAGCCAGAGACAUGAGACUUGGUUCAAUGCACUCUCCUAUCUUUUGUUACGGUCGGAGAAUGGCGAGGAAGGAGAGAACAAUGACCUGGAAGAUAUCGACGAGUUCAACCCCGGAUUCCGGUCACGAUCUCGGUCGCGUCAGAGACCACGCUUGUCAGUCUCUUCUUCACAGAGUCGGACUACCCGAAAUUGGCCGAAACAACGUGCGGGCUCUGCUCUCUCUCUGCGCCGCACCGGGACUCCUGGGCGGGCCUCUCCGGCCCUGAGCACACCUUCUCACUAUUCCGACCAAAGAAAUAGUUCUGCGUCACGGCUCAGUACGAUUCUGAAUACUACGAUCAAAGGUUCUUUCGGCCGAAGAGGCCCAUCCGGCUAUGCUACGUCUAGUAUCAAUGAUGGCAGUAUCUGCGACCGUGACAGCGACGAGGACCUCCGGCAGAUGAUGGAGAGGCAAGAACGGGAGACAGAUGGACUUGAGAACGUUCGUGCUUGCUGCGAUGGCAAGCAUGAUGUUAGUUCGCUCUCAAGGACGACCCGAUACAGCCCGCGCUCCAAUCGGAUUCAUUCUCAUCACUGA